AAAAAAAAAAGGUCUGAAGAAGAAGAAGACGAAGAAGACGAAGAAGAAGCAGCAACUGUCACCGCUGGCACACAAACAGUCCUCCUCUUCCUCCUCUUCCUCCUCCCGGACAGCAUGAGACUUCACUCGAAGGAAACACUUUAAAUCCGACGAAUAACACGAUAAUAUAAAAACGGCAGCACGGCGCGCGCAGGAAAAAGGGGGGGGCGGGGCCUCGUCUCGGCGCGCGGGUGCAAUCUCGAGCUUUUUAGCCUGUUAGCUUAGCAGGGACACACACACACACACACACACACACACACACACAUCCGGAAGAACGAGGAAGUCUGAAUGAACUUUGCUGCUAGCACACAAACUAGCACCUAGCCUGCAUCUGCAUCGCUUCAUUGUUGCAGCUGAGGAGGAAGAGGAGGAAGAGGAGGAGGAGGAGGAGGAGGAGGAGGAAGAGGAGGAAGAGGAGGUGUCUGUGUCUGUGCAGCGUCUUUUCUGUCCGUCCCUGCAGAGCCGAUAUCGAUCAUCUGCGAGAGAGCGUCUCUGAAGUUUCAGAGAGAUGAUUCCUGACCAAGCGCCGAAGGAAGACGUCUUCCUCGGGUGUGAAGAGAUGAAGAAGGAGGCUCACGUCCCCAGCUUCGAGAAAUAUAAAGAGCUGUACUUAAAGUCCAUAGACAACCCCGAUGAGUUCUGGGGCGACGUCGCCAAAGAUUUCUUCUGGAAGACCAAACACUCGGGUCAGUUCCUCGACUACAACUUCGACGUGACCAAAGGAGAAAUAUUCGUCAAGUGUAUGGAAGGAGCCUCCACCAACAUCUGCUACAACCUCCUCGACCGCAACGUCCACGAGAGGAAGCUCGGCGAUAAAGUUGCCUUCUACUGGGAAGGCAAUGAGCCUGGUGAUGAGCUGACAGUGACUUACAGAGAGCUGCUGCAGAGGGUCUGUCAGUUUGCCAACGUCCUGAAGUCCCAGGGAGUGAAGAAGGGUGACCGUGUGUCCAUUUACAUGCCCAUGGUGGUGGAGCUGGUGGUAGCUAUGUUGGCUUGUGUCCGUAUCGGAGCUGUUCACUCCAUAGUGUUUGCAGGUUUCUCUGCGGAGUCUCUGUGUGAGAGGAUCCUGGACUCCCAGUGCUCGCUGCUCGUCACAGCAGAUGGGUUCUAUCGAGGAGAUAAGCUGAUCAACCUGAAGUUCUUAGCUGACGAAGCACUGCAGAAAUGCAGAGACAAGGGUUUCCCAGUAAAAAGGUGUAUAAUGCUGAAGCACUUGUCCAAAGAAGCAGAAGAGACUCCUCUGGGCUCUCACUCUCCUCCGGCCAAACGUUCCUGUCCCGACCUUCAGCAGGAGAAACAGGCAGGGAGAGUAAAGAAAACACGUCCUGUUCCGCAGGUCCCGUGGAACCCCGACGUGGACUUGUGUUGGCACACUCUGGUUCAUGGAGCUUCAGACGAGUGUGAACCAGAGUGGUGCGAGUCUGAAGAUCCGCUCUUCAUCCUCUACACCAGCGGCUCAACCGGCAAACCAAAGGGAGUUCUUCACACGGUCAGCGGCUACAUGCUCUACACCGCCGUCACCUUCAAACUGGUGUUCGACUACCAGCCCGAUGACGUCUACUGGUGCACGGCCGACAUCGGCUGGAUCACCGGGCACUCCUACAUCACCUACGGCCCGCUGGCUAACGGGGCCACCAGUGUCUUGUUUGAGGGCCUGCCUACCUACCCAGAUGUGAGUCGUAUGUGGGAGAUUGUGGACAAAUAUCAGGUGACCAAGUUCUACACGGCUCCAACCGCCAUCAGGCUGCUGAUGAAGUACGGCAGCGAGCCGGUGCAGAAGUAUAAACGAGAGUCUCUGAAGGUUUUGGGGACGGUGGGAGAGCCCAUCAACCCCGAGGCUUGGCAGUGGUACUACAAUGUGGUUGGAGAGAAGAGAUGUCCUAUUGUCGACACCUUCUGGCAGACGGAAACUGGUGGACAUGUGUUGACUCCUCUACCUGCAGCCACACCCAUGAAACCGGGGUCUGCUACGUUCCCCUUCUUUGGCGUGGUGCCGGCCAUCUUGAAUGAGUCAGGAGAGGAGCUGGAGGGUCCAAGUGAAGGAUACCUGGUGUUCAAGCAGCCGUGGCCCGGCGUGAUGAGGACGGUGUACGGAAACCAGCAGAGGUUUGAAACCACGUACUUCAAGAAGUUCCCUGGAUACUACGUGACGGGAGACGGUUGCCGUAGAGACAAGGAUGGCUAUUAUUGGAUAACAGGGAGGAUAGACGACAUGCUGAAUGUCUCAGGUCACUUACUGAGUACGGCGGAGGUGGAGUCGGCUCUGGUGGAGCACGAGGUCGUUGCCGAGGCUGCUGUGGUGGGCAGACCUCAUCCUGUGAAAGGAGAGAGUCUCUACUGCUUCGUCACUCUCACUGACGGAGUGACGUACAACCGCGCGCUGGAGGCGGAGCUCAGAAAACAAGUGCGGGAGAAGAUCGGUGCCAUCGCAACGCCAGACUACAUCCAGGAGGCUCCAGGACUCCCCAAGACCCGAUCUGGUAAGAUCAUGCGACGGGUGCUCCGCAAAAUCGCCUGUGACGAACGAGACCUGGGCGACAUCUCCACGCUGGCCGACUCCUCGGUGGUCGAUCAGCUCUUCCAGAACAGAUGCUGCACGGUGUGACGGCCUCCGGGAUCCUCGCGGGGAGGCUCCGACCGCCACCGCCACCACCGCACGCCAGCGGCCCCAAACCCAACCAGGGAAGAGAAAGAAGAGGAGGAGGAGAGGGAGAAAUUCCAUGAACUUGGUCUUGUCCGACAAACAACCUUUAGCUUAUUUAAAACGACCCCACUGUCCUUACAUGUAAGAAGAAACAGCAGCAGGUAGAGACGCCACAUCUGGAUAUUUACCCCGUCUGUAGCGGUAGUGAUAACCGAUUUAGACGCUUAGAUGUCUUCCAGAUGUUUACUGCUGUUACAAAACAAGGCGGUGGUAUGUGUGUGUGUGUGUGUGUGUGUGAGAGAGAAGCCAGAGGUUGUUUCUGUGAGAGACCGCCCUGCAGUCCGAACUGUGGAAGAGGCAGAACAGGGUAACACUUCCUUUGGUUUAAUCCCUCUGUUUUCAACCAAUAACAAACUGCUCAAUAACAAAGCAUACACGCAGUACUCGUACAGUACUGCGUCACUACAACAGUUCACUGUGGUUUAAACAGGACGGAGUUUCUACACUGGAUCAAGGCUAAAGGUGAAGUGCUACCUGUAACUGCCCUGUAGUUAAUAUAACAAGUUGUCUCCUCCCCUCGCUCGCUGCCAUAAGUACUGUUAAUGUACACUGAUGAUUAGCUCAAUCUGAGAAAGAGAAACAUUUCUACUAGUUUUAAUUUCUGUUGUAAUUUUUUUCUAAAAAACAUGUAGAGUGUCUUUUUUUUGUUUUGUUCUUAUUUGGUAUUGGAUUUGUUGGGUCUGCACGCUUGUAUGUUUUUUUUUGUUUUAAGUUUCAGACUCUUCUGUCAGUCUGGUGGAAACUGGGAAGGUGUGUUCGCCCUCGUGUUGCUCAGGACGCCAAACGGUCGGAUCCUCGACGCUAAAGCCCCCAAAAACCAGCUGCAGGUCUAAAGUUUAAAAAAAGGGAAGAGAAGAUAACUCGAAACUCGAAUUUCGGAUUUAUUCUUCUCAUGUUCCAGGAGCGUAAUGUGUCUAGACUCUAUGAUUAUUAAAUCUGGCUUUACUGUUGACUGUAAUUAUAAAAACAAUGACCGUGUGUGACAGCUGCAGCUUCUUUAUUAAAUAAAGUGUGGAUCAUGAUACGGUACUAUAGAAAUUAUACAUUGUGAACUACUUUAAAUCCAAGAUAAGACGUCAUCUGUGCAAUUAUUCACGACUUUGUUCGUUCAUUAUUUUGAAGAGUUUUUAAGCUCUUCUGCGUCAAACAAGUCUGUUGUUCCAAUUUUGUAUUAUUCCAUGAAAAGACCAAAACCAGUGAUUUGUCUGUUUGUUCCUACUGAAGAUGGAAGUCUUUAAAAACACCUCACAAAUAUAUAUAAGUCCACCUUUACUAGAACUACACAUCCUGUAAAAACAGAAAGGUUUUUAACCAGGCAGGGACGAUCUAAUUGGAAGAAGUUGCAUUAUGGGAAGUGUAGUUAGAACUAACUCAGGAUAACUUGCUGCAUCAAUUUUAACCUCGUCUACAACUACAACCCAAAUGUCUUAUGUUAAAUGUUGACAGUAGAGCUUCAAUGGUUGGUCAUUUAAUCAAUUAUUUAUAAACCUAUGAAAUUAAUCGCCAACUAUUUUGAUAUUCAAUUAAUUUUUAUUUUUAUUCAGAAAAAAAAAGUCAAAAUUUUCUGAUUUCAGCUUCUCACAUGUGAAUAUUUAGUAAAUAGUAAAGUGAAUAUCUUUGGGGUUUAGACCAAACAAGAUAUUUAAGGACGUCUCGUCACUGAAACGGUGAUCAAUGAUGUCUGACCCAAACAACAAAUUGAUUAAUGGAGAAAAUGAUCAACAGAUUCAUCAAUAAUCGUUAGUUGCAGCCUGAAAUCAGAUAAUUUAAACAUUCUCCUUUUAGAUUAACUGUUUCAGGCCAUUUUUAUUAUCAAAAUAGUCGGUGAUUAAUUUAAUAGUUGUUUUAAGUAGUUGCCCUGUGGCUCUAAGGAAGAGGAUAUCUCAGCCUUUGAUACAUUCAUUGUUGGUUUUUGGUCUUUUUGUGGGAUUUUAGAUAAUUUAUUGAUCCGUCACACUCUGUUCGGAGCCAAUCUGUGGAUAAAAACGAGGUCGACGCAGCGCACCAGUCGUUAAAAUCAACUCAACAUCUGAACUCAGAGCUCAUCUGGAGCUUUUUUUACUGAGUUUCUCCUUUUAGUUUCUGUUGCCGACGUCCGAGAGUGAGAGAUUUUAUUUUAACGUCGUGAACCAGAAGCAGGAUUUCAUCAGCUUUUCAUUAUUUUAUUUUUUGAAUUUUGUGUUUCAACGUGCCAACGUAAGUAACAUUGAAGCUGGGUGUAGAAAAAGCUAAUAAUUGUAUCUAAUGUUUAAACAAAAAGUGCAGCUGCUUAUUUGAUUUGUUUUUUGUCUGUAUGAUAACUCGGGUGAAGGAAAGAGAAUUAUGUAGUUGUUUUUUUUUUUCUUUGUUCAUCCUCAGUUUUGUUUCCCUGUUUGUAUCGACAUGUAUGCAACAACAGUAAAUGGACAUGACUACUGCCUCUCA